AUGAACCACAACCAUUACAGAUCAUUAUCCUUGAUUCGCUUUUUGAGGGGAUUGUCAAGCAGUUCAAGUUCGCAAGGCGUUGCGCAAGGCGGCGUCAAGCAGCUACAAUUGCAAUCCCCAUGGCUAGCCCCGGCCAUUAUUGAUCUCCUGUUUCCACGACACAGAUUCGGGUCCAGUCGAUUCAAUGCGAUUGUCCUUCUCUUCCUCCGAUUGUUCUACCAUGCGGCGUCGUAUGAAGGUGCCGCUGCCGUUGCCACGCCCAGCAUGGAUGGCACUUCCAGUCUUCUCACUCAUCCGAUUCCACGGCACUAUCCUUCGGACGACUUUGUUGAAAGGCAACCCACCGAUACUCAUCCCUUGCCUGGCCUGCCUUCACAGCUAAAGUCAUACCAAAAACUGUCAACAUCAGCAUGGCUAGAAGCCAUUCAGAAUGAGGCAGGUCAAUACAGACACUGUCGGAUCCAGUCCAUCAGUUGGAUCAAAGCACUCGCAUCUCCCUUCUCGCACGAGUUCAUCCAGUUCAUCGUCGAGGACAGUGUCAGUGGAGAACGGACCCGCGUGGUUGCUGGGCGUGAAGACUCGGGGGAUUGGGUGUAUGUAGGAUGGAACUGGCAGUCUGGACAGGUGCCGAAUGACCAUUACAUACUUCCUUUGCCUCUGUUGACGUUAACUUUUGGGUGUGAAACUGGCGGACGACUGCCGGAUGUGCAUUCGCUCGCGCAGCUGUUGGCGGCCACCACGGAAAGGCAACCGUACUAUACCUUCCACCGGGAGAUGUGUUGGUGGUAUGCCGAGACGGUGUUUGAUGGCAUGUUUUCAAAAUAUGGUGGCAGCGUCAAGGAGUGGGAGUGGGCGAAGUAUCGGUACUCUUUUAUUGUUAAGACGAGUCUGUUGAGGAGAAAGGUCUUGACUGAGCAUGCUGAGAGGUUUAAGAGCGAGUUGAUGGAGGGGAUGGAGUAUUAG